AGAAGUUGGCCUCCCCAUACCUUCAAAUGCUAUUUUCGGUACUUUAAUCGACGGAACUAUUUUUAAAACUGAUAGAGAACUCUAGAACUCUUAGGGGGGCAUUCAGAACUCUUAUCAAUUUUUCAAAUUUUUGAUAAUGAGGGGCCAACUUCACAGAGGUUCAAUAUUGAUUCAGUGCAAUACACACUCGAAUUACCAUUAAAUAAAAAAGAGAGUUUAAUCGAUCUACUUAAACGGAGAGUAACAGAUAAAAGGUGUACAAUUAAAGAAUGUGCAGAGUUGAUAGGUAAAUUAAUAGCGGCCUGUCCACAGUCUUCCCUGUUUUUAGCAUGGUCACCUAUUUUCUGAAAUUCAGCAAAGAUGUGCUGCAUGUCCACGAUACUCAAGCCAUUUGGUAGACGGAAUUGUUGUACAGGCUCGUUCGUUACAAUUUUCUGUAUCAUCAAUUCUUCAUUUUCGGAAAUUGUGCAUUCCAUAUUUAUCCUAUCUUCUGUAUUGUUUAUUUCUUCAAUUUCGAACAAUUCUUCUGUCGUUUCUUCAAAAAUUUCUUUAUUUGCCGUUUCUGUUUCUUCAUCCAAUGGCAAAUAAAUUUUCUCGGGGGUGUAUCUUUGUCCAUUGGAUGUUGAUUGCACGGAAGUUUUCUGAAGGGCUAUCCGCCGCCUUCUUUCGCGGCAUACUGUUUUUUUAGAAUAUCUUUUCGUACUGAUUGUAUAUUUUGGCCGACGACUUCUAUUAUCCGCCACAAUUGAUGUUCACAUUCAUUUCUCCUAUCUUCAAUCACUUCAAUCAUGAGAAUAUUUUCACUAUCACUCAUUGUCACUAUCAGACAACAAUAUUCACCUCUCACUUAAUCAUUUCACACUUUCAAAGCUUUGAAAUAAAUUUAAUGAUACUAUCUAUUUCUUGCUUCGAAUGCAACUGUCGCGAAGAUAUAAAAUGCACUACGGAGAAACAUAUGCCACCAUGGUGGGGAGUGUUUCUAAGGACUACGCAAAAUAAAGAACAAUGACAAAAAGAAGUUUUGAAGUUGUAUUCAUUUACAAUACUAUGAUUUGAAAUUAUAAAAAAAAAAUAUAACAUGAAAAUAAAAAUUCAAUCCGUAAAAUUAGAAAUUAGAAAUUAGGAAAGGGUCUAUUUUAUAAAACAGUGAACACGGUCCUGAUCCUCACCACCAUUCGAGUGGUUUCAGCAUCAACGACAAAAGACAAUCAAACUGCAAGAUGUUAGACCAAGAGAUGGAAGUGGACAGAAAUGAUUUAGAAAAGAAAGAAAACAAAGAAGAAGAAAAAGCGAAAAAGGAGGAAAAAGAGAAACCGGAGGAAAAACAACAAUCGUCGCCGACGUCGCAAAUAAAAAAAUUAUUAAAAAGAAUAGUGUUUAGAGGGGAGUGAGGGAAGCCGGGUAGAGUCCGUACAGAAAAAUAACCGCUCGAGGUUGUACACAAAAAAGAGUUGUCAGUUUAUUAAAAAUCACGAUGCACAGAAAUUUGAGGACGGCCGUUACACCUUGCGAUGCGAUCCGCUCGGUCGAGGGGUACAAUUCAAGUGUUUUCGACACGACACUCGAGGUACACAGAAAACGUUCGCAAAGUUUACGGAGGAGUCACUUAGCUCGCUAGGAGUCCGGUACAAUUCGAGAGAGUCCGAUUCGGUUGCACGAGGAGACCGUUACUACGCCGCGAGCACGUGGCGACGUUACGAGAUCCGAAAACCCCAAGGUUUAGCGUAAUUCGCGAGGAAACCGAUUAGGCGAGGUCACACACUGAUCUCGGAGGCGCGAGGUAACACCCGGUAUGCUUCUUACACAAUAAAAAUACAAAGAAAACUCAGAAAUUCACAAAAUAUACGGAGUGCGAUGUCAACGUGAUCGUUUACCAAAACGCAAUAUGGCUGCGCGGCACGCGUCGCUCCUUCCCGAAAUUUAGUUUGCUAAAAAGAACGCGUGGCGGCAGCACCUCCCGGACGGGUCCCGCGUGACGAGGGGACCCUUUAUACGCGCGUUCACGCAACAAAUAGUAUAUGGCGGUGGCCACCGUAAAGGAAAAUGGGGCGGCCGCCGUGGUGGAAGAGGAAGGCGAGGCAGAGGCGGCGGCGGCAGGGGACGGGGCGGCGGCAGAUGAUAUUGCAAUGUAACUGUUCGCGCGUUACGCGCUUCCGAGAUACACAACAUAUUUUUGUAACACGCGGGGAGUUUGGAGGCGUGUGAUAUCAGUAGCAAUCGGCUGAGGCCCGGAUGUAGGGACGAGUGCGUUCGUCAUGGAAAAAAUAGUUCGUGGCGAUGCGCUGAGCGGCGGCUUGUGUGCGGCGAUUUAAAAAAGAAGGGAACGGUACUGAUACGAUAGGGGCGAAGUUCGGGUUCCUGCUAGGCCGCGGCCUUUUUUUGGACAGAUACACAGCUGAACGAGGCACUAGCUACCUUCGUAGAGGAAAUCUGCCCUGCCAAUCUCUCUCUGGGAUGCACCCAAUCAGGCGGCAUUUCAUUGCCCAAACAGCAACAUGCGACGAGGGCUGUACCCGUUCCUAAGACGUCAGGGUCGCGAUGUCUGCACAGGUACGAUUUCAUGGGGCAUCUCCCACGCUAUUAAGAUCCGAACAGUACUUCCCACCGAGCUGGUGGUGUUCCGGAACUCGAGUAGUUAGUAAGAGCGCUCCUUUAAAAAUAACAUGUAUGCUUCCGAAUGUGAACACAACCAACUCUGAAUUGUAUUUGACUUGUAGAUUUAUAUUUUUUCUCCUUGACGGCUUUUUCCUCCACUCACUGAGUGGAGGUUUUUUAUGCCCAUUAAAAUCACCUUAACGGUUAUGUUGGUGACCCAUGCCUGCUGUGGACGUACGCUCGGCAAAUCGACGCCGAGCUGCCUCGCCUUGAAGGUAACUGCGGGUUCGGCUCAGCCAACUUUUAUUUAUUAAAUUUAUAAUAGCUUUAGGAAAAUCAAGAUAGUAACGGUGAAUUAUUAUUGAAAAAUAAUGAAAAAUAAAAACAAUAUAUGAUAAAUUA